GCCUGCCACAGAGGGGAAGAAAACCCAGCACCCCCCCCAUGUGAGAUCUCCAGAAGCACGGUUAGUGGCAACCCCCUCGCCCCAGAACACCGCCUCUGUCCCGGGAGCUGCCUCAGCCGCUGCAGGUUUUGGUAGCAUUGGUGGUGUGGCAGCCAGACUUCCUUUCCUUAGCCCCUCCAGCGGCAAAGGGUUUGGUGGCUGCGGUAUCCUCAGGUACACAACUGGAGGUUAUCCACGGCAGAGCAGUCCCACAUUGGGCCAGGGAUACAAAUGCAAGCCCGUGCUCACCAGCGUGUGAGGUUCUGUGGUUUUGACGCAGAGCCAACGUGCCGACACCAGGUAUCUACAAUAUCGUCACAGCACGAUCCAUACUAUAGAUUUAAUGAUGUGAUGUACAGAUGGAUCUCACUGGAUAACUGGACUUACAGCAGGACAUUCAAAACUCCUUUUGACAUCAGAAAGUGGCAGAAAGUGAAUUUGGUUUUUGAGGGAGUAGAUACAGUAGCACAGAUCCUGAUCAACAAUAUCACUCUUGGGAGAACAGACAACAUGUUCAACAGAUAUAGCUUUGAUAUUACCAGCGUGAUCAAGGAGGUCAAUUUUGUUGAAGUCCGUUUCUUAUCAGCUGUUUCGUAUGCAGCAGAGCAGAGCAGAUGUCACAAAGCAUACAGCAUUCCCCCGGCGUGCCCUCCACCUGUGCAGAAAGGAGAGUGCCACGCUAAUUUCAUCAGAAAGGAGCAGUGUUCAUUUAGUUGGGACUGGGGCCCUUCUUUCCCCACUCAAGGAAUCUGGAAAGAUGUUAGGAUUGAGGCCUAUAACCAUUAUCACCUGAUUUACUUUUCUUUGACUUCUUUCUUUGUAAAGAGUGCUCAGCAGUGGAGUCUUGAAAUUGAGUCUAUUUUUGAUGUAGUCAGCUCCAAACCAAUUGCAGGUCUUGUGACUGUGAACAUUCCUAAAUUGCAAACGCAGCAAACAUUCGGUGUGAAGCUUCAACCUGGAGAAGGCAGCAUUGUGCUGCUUGUAAACAUCAACAAGAGUUCUGCAGUGGAGGCUUGGUGGCCAAAUGGACAUGGAAAACAAACUGGAUAUAACAUGACAACAACUUUCAUCAUGGAGGCAGGAUACCAGAUUGAGAAAUUUUCAAAGGCCUAUUUUCGGACAGUAGAACUUGUUCAGGAACCUAUUCCUGGCUCACCAGGUCUGAGUUUCUACUUCAAAAUCAAUGGCCGACCCAUUUUCAUUAAGGGCUCAAACUGGAUUCCAGCAGAUUCUUUCCAGGACAGAGUGACCUAUGACACAUUAUGGCUACUCUUGAAGUCUGCAGCAGAUGCUAACAUGAAUGCUCUUCGGGUUUGGGGAGGAGGAGUAUAUGAACAAGAUGAAUUUUACAAUAUUUGCGAUGAAAUAGGAAUAAUGAUUUGGCAGGACUUUAUGUUUGCAUGUGCGCUAUAUCCAACUGACCAGAAUUAUUUAGAAUCCGUAAGAGCAGAAGUUUCUCAUCAGGUAAGGCGUUUAAAAUCCCAUCCAUCAAUUAUUCUAUGGAGUGGUAACAAUGAAAACGAAGCAGCAAUUGCAAGCAACUGGUUCUCCAUACCUUAUGCUGACAGAGAAGUCUAUAUCAAAGACUACGUGUUGCUUUAUGUGAAGAAUAUCCGAGAAAUAGUUCUUACUGAAGAUAAGAGUCGUCCUUUUAUUGCAUCCAGUCCCACCAAUGGCUUGGAGUCAGUUAAAGAAGGUUGGCUCUCCCAGAAUCCUUAUGAUACCCAUUAUGGUGACACUCACUUUUACGACUACAGCAAUGACUGCUGGAACUGGACAGUGUAUCCUAAAACGCGUUUUGCUUCAGAAUAUGGAUUUCAAUCCUGGCCUUCCUUCAGUACAAUCGAAAAGGUUUCCUCCACUGAGGACUGGUCCUACACAAGCAAUUUUUCUCUCCAUCGACAACACCAUGAAAAUGGCAAUGAUCAGAUGCUUCAACAGAUUGGUCAUCAUUUCAAGCUUCCCCAGAGCACAGAUCCCAUAAAGAAGUUCAAAGAUACAAUUUACCUCACUCAGGUGAUGCAGGCUCAGUGUAUAAAGACAGAAACGGAAUUCUAUCGUUUUAGUCAAAGUGAAAUAAUCAAGGGAGAGGGACACACAAUGGGAGCUCUGUACUGGCAACUCAAUGACAUUUGGCAAGCACCUUCGUGGGCUUCCUUGGAAUAUGGUGGCAAGUGGAAACUGCUCCAUUAUUUUGCCCAGAACUUCUUUGCACCACUGCUGCCUGUGGCCUAUGAAGAUAAAGAUGUGUUGUACAUUUACGGUGUCUCAGAUCUUCAAGCAGAGCACAAGCUGACUUUGAGGGUCGUUGUACACGCCUGGAGUUCAUUGGAGCCAGUAUGCACCCUUGCCAAAGACAGUGUGACUGUUAAAGCACAAAGUGCUGUCCUCAUCUACAUGGAGUCCAUAAAUAACUUGCUGGAAAGAUGCAGAAACUGUACCAGGAAAAGCUGUGUUAUUACUUUUUGUCUUGUGGGAGAAGGUGGGCUCCAGAGUCCUACGAACCAUCACUUCCUUUCAUCUCUAAAGGAUGCUGUAGGAUUAGAAAAGACCCAUCUUAGUGCCUCUGUAUCCCAACGAGAUGACGUUUAUAUAUUUGUCCUUCAGACCACUGCAAUUGCUCCUUUUGUGUCUCUGGAUGUAGGGCGUAUAAAAGGCAGAUUUAGUGAUAACGGUUUCCUCAUGACCGAAAAGAAGAAAGUGGUUGUGUUUUAUCCUUGGGAGCCUACCAGUGUUGAAGAACUGGAAGAGUCACUAACCUUGACCUCUCUGGUGGACGUUGUCUGAGGAUACUCCAUUUUCUUCUAGAUAAGGAGUGAAACAGGAGGAGGAAAAAAACUAGAAGAAUUUGACUGAAGUUGAAGUGAUGUACAAUUUUUGCUGACCGGAGAACAUACUGUCUAUUCCUGUCUUGUGUGAAUUUUAACUGCUGGUUGAAUGUAAAGAUACCGAAAGAAAAGCUUGCAUAUAGUAUAUGUGGUGUAUUGAAAGUAAGGCUUUCUCAGGUAAUGGGAAAUAUAUAUCCCAUGUAUAAAAUGGGAGGGGUGAGUCGGUGCAAGAGAGCUAGUCUGAGUUCUCCAGUUCACAUGAGAUUGGAGUUGUGAAUUCAUCCUAACUAAGAGGCAACAUAAAUAUGCACCUCCAGACUAUGGUUGUAAAAAUGCAUAUUUUUCCAGUUUCACUAUGCUAUAAGUGGAAAUUCAUGUUAGGAUAACAGCAAGGUAUGCUGGGAGCAAGGGGAAAGGGCAGGAAGUGAAGCUGGGAUCACCUCCACAGGUAUGCCCCCACUUGGAGUGGUUUGAUCUUAUCUGCACCCAAAUCAGAAGAGCACUACCCUUUCAGAUUUAUGGCUGUCACUCCAUCAGGUGUCCUGCCUGCCUCCUGCAAUGUAGGCUUCCAAACAGACAUGAAACCUGGGCUGUCUAGUCAGACAUCAGGCAGAUCUGUUCCCCCUUCUGAAAGGGGAAUUGAGUAUGAGACUUGUUUUCUUCUGUCUUUUUAUGCAACAUGAGCAAUAACCUUGAGAGUUCUGCAUCUAGCUUUGACUAUUCUCAGAGUGCUGCAGUCACAAACCUUUUGCGGCUGUGUGGGAUCCUGCGUAAUGUGGCAUAGUACGAGAUAGUGGCUGGCUGUGGGAAAAGGAACAGGGAGAAGAGUUGAAAAGGUGCAAAGAGAAAGGAGAUGGUACAGAGAAGAAAUGGUCAUGUGAGAGGACCGCAGAGUUACAAGUGACUGUUUUUUUCUCUAGUAAAUGCAUAGGGCGGGGGCUGCUGUUCUCACUCAGACAUUGCUGCACAGCUGUUGUUACCCCCUGGCAUUCCUCAUGAGUGGCCCCAUGCUCCACACUGAUCCUUCUCUCUCUUUAGCAAAGGAAAACCUCAACAUCUUAAUUUUGCUUCUUUGUGCAUGGGUUCCCUGUAGAAGACAUUGUUGACUCCUGAUUAGAUCUGGUGGCACAUUGAACUCCUUAGUCCAUAAAAAGCAGUGGUGUUUCACCUUCUGUUCUGUUUCCGAGUAAGUUGUUUUUAAAAUGUUGAGGUUUCCCAUAGAAAUGUCAUCUCGCUUUGGCAUUUGAUACAAAGAAAAUAAGUUUGCUUCAGCGUGGGGGGGCUGCUGUAGCCUGUGGAGCUGAAAGCCUUAGGGUUUGGCUGUCAGGAAUCCAGGCCACCAAGCCAUGCCAUGGGCAGGUUGCUAAACAUUGGGCUUGUCUGUCAGAUGUGGUUUGAAAAGCAGCUGGGAUCUUGCUGGGGUUCCACAGUGAUCCUCUCACAGUCCAAGCAAUUAUUAAUUUUCUUGCAAAGCACCUAGCAGAAUCAGCACUUUACAAUAGAAGGUGUUUGAACAAGCUCUACUGGUGAUGUCCAUCUUCGUCGUAAAAGCACCACAUGGGUGAUGCUUGGUGGUGGUCCUGGGGGUCUGGAGCAUGUGUGGGGAGUGGCUGCAUGUUCCAUGGGUCAGUUAGAGAACUUGGAACUGGGGGUUGUUUUCUUUCAGUGAUCAUAGUUUUAAUGGGCAAAGAGAUGAGCACAUUGACUGAUGCUUGGUGAUCUCUGGUGCUUUUUUAAUUGGGCAUUAACCAAAACUGACAUAAUCCUGAGCAAGAGGAAAAACUUAAAGAUGAAAUGAAAAUGAUAAAUGGAAGUUGCUUACAAAUGCUUUAUUAGGUCACCAAAACAACUAACUGCAGUUGCGUAGGAGGGCUUUUCUGAUUCAAAACUUGUCCUAGUUGAAAGAAAACAUGAAAGCAAUCAAAAUAUGUAUGUGUAUGUGCCAAUGUUUAUAGGUUAUGGAAAAUAAAUAGGGAACAUUAUAGUCAUGAAUAAAACUUAACAGUUAGAAAAUGCAGACAUUGAUAAAGGAAUUCAAAAGUUACCUGAGAGGUAUUCUGGGCCAACAAUACAAGAAAAAUCCUUCAGUUUUUUCAGUGUCCUGGAAUCAAAGUGGAAUCAAAGAAGCAGUAGAGUCAAUAUAAGGGAAGGAUGAAAAAAAUGUGAAGAAAAUAUGGAAUAAAUAUGAUUAAUAAAUAUUGCUGCAGUGUAUUAGGAAAAGGGCAGGUCU